AAUCGGUGGCCGAAUAAACUUAAAAGUCGCAUUAAAAAAUACGCCGAGAAAAAGUAAAAGUUUAUUCUUGUCGAUGAUACAAUAAAUCAGUAACAUGUGUUUGAUAUGAUUUUACUGGAUGGUUAUGUUUGUAUGCGGAGGUCCUUAUUAAGGAUUUGAAUUAUAGACUUUUCAGGUCAUGUUAAUUUUCAUAUACCUUGCUGCGUUUAUACACUACACAAGCGGUCAAGCAUCACAAUGGAUAGACACAUUUCAAAAAGAUUUAUGUCGCGAUCGCUGGUCGCAAAUGGACUGGCAAUCUAUAUUACGACCAUGUCGAUUUAAUACAGCCUUCGGUAAAAACAAAUACGACGAGCGUAAAAGAACAAGUCCAAAAUGGAGUCACACGACCAGUCUCCAUUUUGAAAAGACAGGAGAAUUUAGUAAAGUAACUCUCCAGACACGUACCGGAGAUGGGCGUAAUAAAGACGUGGGCGGUGAUACGUGGCGUAUGUUUGUGCGUGGUGCUGAUAGAGUAACGCCCUUUAUAUCUGAUCUAAAUAAUGGCGUUUAUGAAGCUCAAUUCAUUGUAUUCCAGCCCGGGUUGUAUAAAGUUGAAGUGGUGUUGGAAUCAACUUUAUGUGAAGCUUUCAAAGAUCCUCCUCAAGAUUGGCUAAAAAGAGAUGCUAGGACCAUAAUAUCAGAUGAAAAGAAUGCAGAUUUAUUAUGGGAGCCUCUGCGUGGUGGAAACAUUUCUUUAAAGAUUGAAGAAUCGCCGCUAGAAACUGUAAAAGCCUUAAGAAGAAAUUUUAUGCGAUGGAAAGAAGACUGCGGUCCACAAUACAAAUGCGAUCUUCUUUGGAAAGGAUUUGGAAGAUGGGCAAAUUCAACAUGGCUGCCAUAUAUUGACGAAGACGAUGAUGGGGAUACAGAAGAAGGACAGAAUAGAUGUUUUCGCGAAAAGGAAGGUGUUUUGAAAAUGACAGGCGAUUACAUGACCAGAGAGAUUAGUCAUUUUACAAAAAAUAGUUCACUUUGCAAUGGCGUCUUUAAACGAUGCGAAAGUGAUCGAGAAGGCGAACAGCCUGACGCUGAGCUCUAUAGUAAGCGAGACAAAGGAGAGUCUAAAGUAUUUUCAACGAAAACCUAUCUACACGAGUUGAAGGAGUUAUUAAAGAAAGAUUACAUGGGCCAAAAAAGCGGAUUGCUGUUGAACUACGGGCAUCCUUUUGUUCAAAAUCUCGGCUUUAAACAAUACCGUUCAUUCAUUGACCGCGCCGUGCGCAUUGUAAAGGAGAAAUACAAAGGAAAACCACUGUGGAGGAGUAUGGCGACAAAAUGGAAAGAAUCGCCUGCAGCGGAGGAUCAUUUUGCUAACCACCAGCGGAUUAAAUUGUUCAACGCAUAUGCGACAUCGGCAAUGUGCAACGCCGGCAUACCUGUACUUGACGUAUUCCAAAUGACGGAAUCAGCACCGCCAAACGAUCGAGCUGCCGUACUAAGAACUGUCGAGAAAAUAGUCACCAAAUACUUCAAAGAUCGUCCAACAAAAAAAUGCACGAAGAAAAAGAAAACUAAAAUUUCAAAACUGAAAAAACUUAACGAAACGUUAAAUUUUAUGACACCGCGAGAUAAAAUACCGGCAAACGAAACGUUAAAUUUUAUGACACCGCGAGAUAAAAUACCGGCAAACGAAACGAUAACAUCAAUCAAUGGCACUGCUCCGACAAAUACUGGAAGCGCUUCAUGAAGAACUAAAAUAGUCACCACAUACACACACACGCACAUGGCAUACACACGACGCAAAAUUAUAUAGAUAGAUUAUUUUUGUAUAAAAUACUGAUUUUACAGUAACUAGGGUAUUGUGUUAAGUGAUAACAUUCUUAACAUUAUAA